AUGGAGGAAGAUAGCGAUCAGGAUGAAGGUGACUCGGUGGAGUCGGAUGAUCAGAUGUCAGAGGAGGAUGACACGGAUGACUUGAUGACCUUAGACCAGAUGCAAGAAGAAGCUCGAAGAGAAGCCCUAAUUCGCAAGGGAUCUCUUCUAGCUGUAGAAACCCAAAAAAAGGGAAGAGUUGAGAAGGGAGAUCCCUUGGGUUUUGUUCUAACCCCGACUCGCAGCUGGGAUUGGGCGGCCAUUCUCGCUGAUGGGUUCUCGGUGGCGAUGCAGUCUCUGGAAGAAGGGUUUAGGUGUAAUGUCUGGAACGAACUUUCUAAAAUUUCUUUUAUCAACCUCCCUUGGCUGAUCAUUGGAGAUUUCAACUCUAUUCUUUUUCCUAAUGAGCAUAAGGGGGGUCGCUUCUCUCAUUAUUCUCGCAAAGCUCGUUUUUUCCGUAGUUUUGUUGAUUCGAAUAAUCUCUUCGAUUUAAAUUUUUCUGGCGCCCAGUUCACCUGGUGUAACAACCAAAUCGGUUUGGCCCGGAGAUGGGCCCGCCUUGAUCGUUGUAUUGCCAACUCGAAUUGGAUUUCUCGUUUUAACAACUUUACUCUAAAACACCUUUCCCGUAGUUUUUCGGAUCACUCCCCCCUUCUUCUAUCGGUGUCCGACUCCAUUAUUCGUCGUCGUUUUCUUUUUAAGUUUGAGAAUUUUUGGUUGGACUAUAUUGACUGCCAUAGUAUUGUUCGGGAAGCUCUCCAAUCCCCUUCCCAUGGUAAUCCGCUUCAUGUUCUCUCGCAUCUUCUCUCUUGUACCAGGUUCAAACUCUCCCAAUGGAAUCGUCGCAGACAUAAUUCUUUGGAACGAGCACUAUCCCAAACGGAAUCCGAUAUUUUUGAUCUUGAAAACUCUGAUGAUUCUUUAGUCUCCCAAUCUAAUUUGACUGCUCUUUAUGCCAAACUUGCAGCUAUUCAACGUCAAUUAUCUGUCAAGUGGGCGCAGCGAGCUAGGAUCAAAUGGAUUAGUGAUGGAGACAAGAAUACCGACUUCUUGCACAAUUCGCUCGUUCAGUGCUCAUCAAAACCAUAUUACUCAAAUUUCGAUUCUUCGGGUAAUAUCUUUAACGAUUAUUCGGCAUUGAGCGGGCUUUUUAUAAAUUUUUACUCUUCCCUUUGGUCUGAUUCGGGGAGUAAUGAUUUAAAUAACCUUAUCCAUGCUUUACCUGACGACCUUCCUAGUAUCUCUCAUUCUGACGGGCUUUCUCUCUUUCGAGAAGCCUCUAAGGAUGAAGUUUUUCAGGCUCUUCUUGAUCUCCCUGUUGGUCGAGAGCAAGCUGGGUUUAUUAUAGAUCGAGGUGCUUUCGACAAUGUUAUUGUUGUUCAAGAAGUCGUUCACUCUCUUGAACACGAUCGUCUCUUCCCCCCUAGGAUGUUAGUUAAGUUGGAUAUUGAAAAGGCAUAUGAUACGUUAAGCUGGAGUGUAAUUCUUGCAACCUUGACCAAAAUGAAUUUCCCGGCUAAAUGGAUUUCCUGGAUUAGUUCGUGUCUCUCUUCUAGUUCUUUCUCAAUCUUGAUCAAUGGUUCUCCCUCCCCCUGGUUUCCUUCCAAUAGGGGUCUACGCCAGGGAGAUCCCAUCUCUUCUUAUCUCUUCAUUCUGGUUGCUCAAAACUUUUCUUCAAUUAUGAACAGAGCCCUUAGCACCAAUAUGAUUCCUGGCUUUGAUCCCAAUAUCCGCUUAAAUUUUAAUCAUCUUCUUUUUGUCGAUGAUCUUAUUCUCGAUCUCUCGCCACUCCGGUCCCACGGCUCGAAUAUAAAUUUGUGCCUUUCCAUCUACUCUAGAUUGAUCGGGUAG